CAGCCUAAGACCAGGUUUCAAGUUCAAGUUUAAGCUGCGAACAACUUAUAAUAAAGCUGUGUUGCGUCGCGUCAGACAAUAUAAGCAUGACUAUUGGAAGGGUAUUGGCCAUGUACACGGAAGUCCUUGCUCUAUGGCCAAGUGUAAAUCAAGCCUGUGUAUGCUAAGUGACCCUGCAUUUGAAUUCUGAUCGAACAUAGCAAACGUUGACUCGUAACACCAAUGUAACACUAGUCCAAAGAAUGGACGACCGCUCGCGCAGGUUUCCCUAGUCGCACAGAACACUGUAAACAUGGUAUUGGUAUGUACUGCCUGGUCACCUUGUCGGACAAUACAUAAAGUCACCCUUUGCUCCAGCAGAUGUUAAUUCACAUAACCACAUACAUUAUUCCCGCUGCUCCUUCACGAUGCGCAUUGCGACUAUUGUUCUUGUAUCAAUUUCAAUGGUGCUUGGCAUCAUCGGAACCAACGCUGCGGCCACUCCAACGAGUAAGUGAAUUUAUGAGUUGUCUGAACCCCGGAAUUGACAAUGGGCGUAGAUGUUCGUCGGGAGCCGAGCACUACUAUUACUCGACCUUGGGGGGUGUGGCUGGAAACUGCCUCGUGAGCAAGUUAAAGGGGAACAUGACGAGCGAACGGCACAAGUAAGUUAUGACGACGAACGACUAGAG